CGAACGCGAGCCAUUUCAUCUCCUCGCCCGCGCGGCGCGGCCACUUCCCCCACUACGCACCUUGGUAGUUACCCGCCCCUAUCACCCCGCGCCUCGCCUCGCUCGCUUUCCCCUACUUCUCCUCUCCCGAGCGAUUCACAUCAAGAAGCGGAAGGAAGAGGAAGCGGCGGCGAGGUGCGAUCGAUCAUGGCGUACCAGCGCGGGGAGACGUCGUCGAUCGUGGAGGCGUUCACGCUGUCGCCGCUGCCGUACCCGGUGAUCCUGAUCCUGCUCAUGGUGAUGCUGCUGCUCGGGACGUCGUGGUUCUUCACGUACGAGGACUUCAUGGAGGAGGCGGCGGAGCAGUUCAGCUGGGCGCUGCUGCUCGUGCCCGUCGCGCUCGUCCUCCUCAUCCGCUGGAUCUCCUCCGUCGAGACCUUCGACGGCUACUUCAGCUUCUACCCCUCCGAGCGCCGCUGGAACCGCUACGACCCAGGCCCCGCCGAGGGCAGCUCCCCCUGGGGCGUCGCCAUGGUCGUCCUGCUCCUCCUCGUCCUCGCCUCCUUCCACUCCACCUUCCAGGACAUGUGGAGGCCCUGAUGAUUAGUAGUACCACCCGUCUUCGGUUACACACGCCGGCCUAUGCAUACGUGUGGUCUCUCUGCGUGUACGUAUACCUUGCUUGAUUGCUUCCUUGCCUGCCGGUUAAUUAGUUAUCUAUCUGUACAUAAUACAAGAUAUCGAGCUUGAGAGUUCUCAAAGAAGACUGUUAAUCCGGUUUUGUAAUUAACUCGUCUCAACUUCAGGUUUGGAUUUUGUUCGGGAUCGAAUUUGUUCUCUCUUAUUA